AUGCGAGGAAGUCUGUGCCCAGCAGUAGGAGAUGAUAUUAUCCUGUUAGAAGAAGAUCCUAAGAAACUAGAACAUAUGGUAAAAGACAUAGCUGAAAAAAGCAGAGAAGUAGGUUUAGAAAUUAAUGCAGAUAAAACAAAACUAAUGACUAACUCAACAGAAAGCAACAUAGAGGUCUAUGGAACCAAGUUCGAAUAUGUGAAAGAAUAUGUUUACCUAGGACAAAUUAUAUCUGCUGAAGACUCCAUGUCCAAGGAAAUAAACAAAAGAAUAGCCUGCGGUUGGAGGAAAUACUGGUCCUUGAAAGAAAUAAUGAAGAACAAAGAUUUAGGAAUACAUAUCAAGAGAAAGACUUUCAACACUUGUAUUCUCCCCUGCAUGACAUUCGGCUGCGAGACAUGGACAUUAACGAACAAACAUAGAGAAAAACUUGCUAAAACAGAAAGAGCAAUGGAAAGAAGCAUGUUGGGAAUCAGGCUUAGUGACAGAAUCCGAAAUGUGGAAAUAAGAAGGAAGACAAAAUAA